UAGAGACAWCAAAGCUAGAAGAUUUCAAUAUUUUCUAAUAUCAAAAGCCGUACCAGAAAAAUUGGAACCAUGGCAACUACGAAUGGCAAUUCCAACCAAUCUCUUCUAGCUAAAGAUAUUUUUCAGAAAAUGCAAGAAGAACUAGAAUCGAGGUCUUUUGYUGAAAUUGUGCUUGAGUCCAUCGUGGCGGGUGCUGUUGUUUUCUUGGCGGUUUUUGGAAACAUCUUGACUCUAUACAUCAUGUAUAAAAAUCGGUCUCUUCGAACUGCUACAAAUAUGUUUACCGCUUCGCUUGCAGUUGCMGAUAUUUUCAUGGGACUAACUGUUGUAAUGACGGCAUUGGUGGUGAUGAUCAAGUCUUCGUGGAUUUUUGGUUCUGAAACGUGCCAUUUUCAAGCUUAUAUGAUUACAUUCUCAUCAUCCAUAGCCUUGAUAACCAUUGCUAUGACUUCCGUUAACAGAUUCUUUAAGGUUGUUAAGAACAGUUUGUAUCAAAGAUAUUUUACUAAAAAGCGCACAGCAAUGAUGAUAGUAUGUUCUUGGGUAUGCGGCGUCGCGUUUUCUGCGCCAUUACUGCUUCCGGGCGCCACGGUUUUCAUCCCCUCAAAGCUGGUAUGCUUUGCCAACAUUACAAAAGUUGAAUGGAGAUUUUACGUUGUGACAUUAAUGUCGACUUUAGUCGCACUUCCAGUAAUUGUACUWACGUACUGCUAUUUUAGAAUAUUCCUUACAGUUGUAAAACAUCAGUCAAACGCGUUCCAAUCUAGACAAAACAUGACUAGUGUUCAAGAAAUCAAAAUCACACGAAUGAUGUUCGCAAUUGUUUUAUGUUUCAGUAUUUGCUGGACACCAACUUACAUCAUUAACAUGAUUGAUUGCGCACGGCCUACGUUCACUCUACCAAGAGUAGUAUAUYUGAUUCACAGCUUUGGGGCUGGAAUUUCGUGUGGAAUAAAUCCGAUUCUAUAUGGCCUAAUGAAUCCAACUUUUAGAAGRGAGUAUAUGAAAGUGUUAAAGUGCUGGAAAAGUAAUCGAAAUAACACUAUAGAGCCAACAACAAAUGUAGCGACUUGUCAACAACCUGAAAUUGRCUGACAGGUUUUGCGGUGACGAGGAAAAAAAUUGAAACCGAAGAAUGCUUGCACGCACUUGCACUACUGGGAAGGUGUUUUUUGGAAGAUUGGUUAUAUUGUACUUGUUCGCCCAUUAAAUCAACUCCAUCAUGGAUGUUUUCAAGGCAAUAGCUUUAUUAUAUUUUAGUAAUCAGGCCAUACUGCAUUACUCAUUAAGCACAAUAUAUCU